AUGGCGGCGGGUGCGGGCGUGCGGGGCUUGCUGGUGGCGGCGGCGGCGCUGCUGGGCCUGGCGGGGGCGGGCGGUGGGCCUCGCCGCACCCUGGUGCUGCUGGAGAACACGAACCUGCGGGACACCCACUCGCUCUUCCUGCGCAGCUUGGCCGACAGAGACUUUGAUCUCACCUUCAAGACUGCGGAUGACCCAGGCCUGUCUCUCAUCAAAUAUGGAGAGUUUCUGUACGACAACCUGAUCAUAUUUUCUCCAUCUGUAGAAGAGUUUGGUGGCAACAUCAACGUGGAGACUAUCGCUGCUUUUAUUGAUGGAGGUGGAAAUGUUCUUGUGGCUGCCAGUUCAGACAUUGGCGACCCUCUUCGAGAGCUUGGGAGCGAGUGUGGGAUAGAGUUUGAUGAGGAGAAGACAGCUGCCAUAGACCACCACAACUAUGAUGUGUCAGAUCUGGGCCAGCACACUCUUAUUGUGGCAGACUCUGACAAUCUCCUGAAGGCUCCGACGAUUGUGGGCAAAAGGCCGCUGAACCCCAUCCUCUUCCGGGGAGUUGGGAUGGUGGCUGACCCUGAGAACCCCCUGGUGCUGGACAUCCUGACGGGCUCUUCCACCUCCUACUCCUUCUUCCCAGACAAGCCCAUCACACAGUACCCUCACGCAGUAGGGAAGAACACGCUCCUGAUAGCUGGUCUCCAGGCCCGAAAUAAUGCCCGCGUCGUUUUCAGCGGCUCCCUGGAUUUCUUCAGUGAUGCAUUCUUCAACUCUGCUGUUCAGAAGGCUACGCCAGGCUCCCAAAGGUCCCCCCAGACUGGGAACUUCGAGCUGGCUGUUGCCUUGUCGCGCUGGGUGUUCAAGGAAGAGGGCGUCCUUCGGGUUGGAGAGGUGUCCCACCAUCGGGUGGGGGAGACGGCGCCCCCUAGUGCCUACACUGUCACUGACUUAGUGGAGUACAGCAUCGUGAUUGAAAAGCUCUCUGAUGGCAAGUGGGUCCCCUUUGAUGGGGAUGACAUUCAGCUCGAGUUUGUUCGCAUCGACCCAUUUGUCAGGACUUUCCUGAAGAGGAACGGAGGCAAAUACAGCGUCCAGUUCAAACUGCCUGAUGUCUACGGAGUGUUCCAGUUCAAAGUGGAUUACAACCGCCUGGGCUACACCCACCUCUACUCAUCUACGCAGGUGUCCGUGCGGCCCCUGCAGCACACGCAGUACGAGCGCUUCAUCCCUUCGGCCUACCCGUACUACGCCAGCGCCUUUUCCAUGAUGGUGGGCCUCUUCCUCUUCAGCAUCGUCUUCCUGCACAUGAAGGAGAAGGAGAAGUCGGACUGAGGGGGUGGGGGGGGGGUUGUUGCAGCAGAGGCCUGCCUGCCUGCCCCUGUACCCUCCUCCUCCUCCCCUGAAUAAAAGCGCCCUUCUCCCUC